AUGUCCAGCGUUAGCGAUAAGGUAGUAUCAACAGCGAUUGACGAGGUGACUCUGGACGUGGUUGAGCUGGAAUCCUCAGUGGUAGAAGUAGACAGAGAGUCGGAUGCAGUUGAUAGAGAGGCGUCUUCAGUAACACUCGAUAGAGUUGUGUCCAGCGUUAGCGACAAGGUAGUAUCGAUAACGAUCGACGAGGUGACUCUGGAAGUGGUUCAACUAAAAUCCUCAGUGGUAGAAGUAGACAGAGUGAGAGUCCUCGAAGGCUUGCAAGGCCCAGCCGCCGCGUCGCCCAAGAGCGAAGCAACAGCGAGUAGGCCGUAA